GUUUAAAAUUCAUGAAAUUUAAAUAAAAAGAGAGAGAGAGGGAAAGACUGGAAGAUGAACAAUUUUUUAAUACAUCUAGUUUCUUUUUUCAUUCUAUUCCAUAUUGGUUUUGGAACAUUUCAAUGCCCUACUUUUGCAAAUAAACAACCAAUGGACGGAGUUUUUAGGGAUCCAGUGUUUUGCGAUAUCUACUAUCAUUGCAUAGAUUCUACAGCCUAUUGACGCACAUGUCCGCCUGGUCUCUUCUUUAAAAAUACAACUACAGAUAUUGAUUCUGUAGAUUGCGUUGAACCUAAAUUUGCGAAUUGCCCAUCAAAUCAACAAUACUACUCUACAGAUGAUACGUAUCCUCUGUGCCUUGCCUAUCAGCAAGACAUACAAUCGCCCUGUUAUAAGUCGACAGCAGAAUGUACUCGAGAAAAAAACCACACUCUUGCUAGUUGGAUAGAUUGUAAAAUGUAUUUUCACUGUGUAAAUGAAGUAGCUUGGCCUCAAAAAUGCCCUAAAGACUUUUUAUUCUAUCCAUCCAUCAACAGAAAGACAGGUGUGGUCACCAUGUGCACUGAACCAGAAAGGGCUAUUUGUCCAGUUCUUGGGCAAUGGUCUGAAUGGUCAGAAUGGACUAGAUGCAGGCCAUUAUGCUCAGCGAAAGGAAAGCGAAAGAGAACAAGAAGUUGCAACAAACAAAAUCCAUUUCCUGAGAAUCUUAUCUGUUUAGGCCUAUCGGUAGAAACGCAAAAUUGCAGUCCAUCUGCUUGUGAAAGUAAUGGGGAUUCCGCUUUUUCUGUGUCUUUAGUCAAACCUACAACUCUAAAAAAUGGAAAAAUUAAUUGGACAUCAGUUGAUGUCAAUCAACAAAAUAUUUUUGAUUCAAAUAGUCAAAGUUUAAUUAUAAGAAAAUCAGGUAUCUAUUUCUAUUCAAUCUCUGCUACUACUGAUGAAAAUAGUCAAAUUGAUAUGACUAUGAUGUUGGACAGUAACAAUAGUAUUGGUCUAAAUAGAGGAAAUGGUGUAAAAACAAUAAAUAUGAUAACAAGAAGUGGACUGAUAGAGCAUAGACAAUCUGCAUCAGUAACUUUACAUCAAGGCGAUGAACAAUCAGAUGUUAUUUCAACUGACAGUGGCAGAGAAACAUCGUGGCUCGGUUUUCGUUAUGAAACGGAAGCGUACGUGUUUGCUGGCCGUCGAACUCCAUUUACGUCGAAUGGCCUUGUUAUAAGUUUUCCAGAGAUAUUUCUAAGGAAAAACAUUGGAGGAAGUUUGUCAAGUUUCAAAAUUGAAAAGCCAGGUGUUUACUUUAUAAAUUUUGGAAUUGGCGUUUUGCCUAAAGGAUCUAUAAAAAUUUUAAUACAACCAAAGAAUGUUCUUACAUCUUGCGGUCUAUCAAGAGCGAAUCCUUACGGUACUACUUACGAUCAAUUGUCUAGAAGUUGUCUCAUCUAUUUGUCUACAAAUAGCAUCUUGGCAAUGGAGAAGACAAGAAGGGAAAAUGGUUUAUAUUCUAGCAAUGCUUUACAAACCUAUUUUACAGCAUUCAUGCUUAAUUCGACCAAACCAUAUAUCUAUUUGUUAAUGGAGAGGAGAAGGAUCUGCUCCCAUCCUACAUAUGAGAAUGUCCCAUUAAAAUUGAUUCGAUUAGACAACACCAGAGGAGCUUGGAAUGCAUUCUACAAUACAUUUACAGCGCCAGCUAGCGGAACUUACUAUGUUGAUUUAACUGUGUCAGUUCAAUCUUUAAAUACUCUCAAUACCUACAUUGAUGUGAAUGGACAGAAAAUAUCUAGCCAGAUACAAUCGUCAACAGAACAUCCAAGUGCCGAGUUUUUAACAAAAGGCGCUCUUGUUCAUAUGAACAAAGGAGAUAUAAUGGCAAUUAAAUACAAAGGAUGCAUAUCAUCUAAUGAUUUCCCUUCAAGUCUUGUAAUUCUUUAUCAAUCUGAAUUUUGAAAUCGAGGCAAGGUGUAGCGCUGGGUUAGGGUUAGGGUAAAAACACAAAGUAAUUUUUUAAAUUAUUUGAUUUCUUCAUACAAUCUCUAUUCAUUCUCUUAAUAAAGUCUGUAACAUUCAGUUUGAAUUGCAAUCGUAUAAA